AUGCACCGGCGGACUACCUGCUUGUUGCAGUGGAGUGUGUGCGGACUUAUUGACCAGCCUAACCAGUUGUGGACAGUGCAAUACACCGUGUUCUCCCGAUACGGGCGGUGGCGCCUGUGUCAAUGGAAUAUGUAUCAGUUGCCCCGCCGCUACACCCUUCUGUGCCGCAGCAGGAAUAUGCGUAAAUAUCAUCCAGUCCAUUCUAGUCGGAAUCUCAGUUUGCCCAGGCCAUUAGUUCUUCAAGGUUUCUUCGUCCGAACGGUCAAGCCCACAAAACUCCUGGGCGAUUGA